AUGGCUUCCGUUGCCGAAGUCGGCACAAUCCUUGGGGCGAUCCUUAUACUUGUAGCAACUAUACUUUACGCAACGCACCUAUUUCUGAAAUACAUAGAGAAAAAUAUCAAAUUCGUGCCAAGCGAAAAUCACAGGACAUGGAUUACUCUGACAAUUAACGAUUUGCAGAUAGUGCUAUCCUCAAUCAAAUUGUUCACGGAUUCACAACGAAAUCUCCAUGCGAGGCAGCCGAGUUUAAUAGCUACAGUGCAAACGAAAGCAUGGUGGUCUUCCGUUUCAGUAGUAAAAUACGCUAUUACUAAAAUAUCGGCCAUUCAUUUUCAAUUUUUGUUAUCCGGGAUAGCAAACUAUGUCGACCUUCAGGUUGACAGCGUGAAUGUAUCUGUGGAAGAUUUAGGACGCUUGGUCUUACAAGAAGUAGUAAUGGGUAUGGCGUUGUUCGCCUAUAUAGACUCUGGCAAUAAAGAGGCAACAAAUAAUCAACUCAGUCGAGCCGCUUCGGAGCCCGAGUGUCAUUCGAUCAGGAAUCGUAGGCAUGUUUUCUCAAAAAAACAAUUGAUUAUCAAUCUCUCUUGCUCUUCACUUACAAUCCAAGACAUGGGAUCAAUAACACAAAAAAUGUCUAGCAAGACUUCAAUAGAUCACAGUGACAGCGCAUCAACUGUGAUUCCGGCCAUCAAACUUCCAUAUUCAUCAACUGUAAAAAUGUAUUGUAAUCUUUCGCCCGCGUGUACUUCUCUCACUUCAUUCGAGACUGCUGUCAUUUUAAAUGAUGUCGUGCUAAACGUGGAUAGAAUAUUGCGUCUAUCCGCAAUAUUUUCGAACAAUGUACCAAAAGAUCGGACAACAAAUUCCAAGAUUAUGAAAAAAGUUGUUGGUCAAAAACCAUUUACUAAAUCUGUGCUGUGGUCACCUAUAGUACGGAGGAUCAGGGCAAAUCGACGAAAAAAGACUUUACUAGAACUAGUCAAUGGCGCAUCCAUCGGGCUAACUGAUCUAAUUAUUCAAUACAAUGACAUCGCAUGGGAUGCCAAGAGCUCUUCUUACAUGGGCGUCGAAAUGAGAUUGUCGGGCAUAACAAGUUCCCUGAAACGACUCGAUCCGUUGCCAGAAUCACCUCGGCCCGUAAGUUCGCCGGGUUUAUCACUGCUAGCUGAUGACUUUCCACAAGUGCUUUCCUUUGAAGUAGGUUUGGGGUUCAACAGUGUACGUCUAAAUGCGAAACAUCACGCAGGUAUAAUGCGAAUGAUGGAAGUAGAUAGUUUGACAGCAAAACUCAAUAUUAAGAAGCCUCAUGAAGAGUCUGGAAAUGAUGAUCCGAAUUCCUUUUGCAUCCUGGGAAAGAUAGAUAUACUGUCUCCCACUUGUAUAUUAGACAUUACUCAUCUUGAUAUCUUGUUAGGAUUUUUCGAUGCUUUGCAUGGUAAGAAAAUGUCAGAAAGACAAUCGUUUGAGGCGCAGAAAUUAUGCGGAUCAACACAAGAACCAUUAUCAUAUGAACAUUGUAAGUCAAUCCGAUCAAUACCAAAGGUCAUUUUCACACUAAAUAUACAAAAAACGGCAUUCACAGUAAUUAAUAUUAACGCGGACAUUGGGACAGCUGCAGCAAGCAAAAUCUCUAGCUUGAAUCUUACUAUUGACAGUAUAUGCCUCGACAUUAAUGGUGAUUAUACAGAAUUGAGUCUUCUUCCCCGGGGGAGAAGGGAACGGACUACGUCUAGACGUUACGCUAGGGGGUGGUCUCCUCCAUCUUUUACACUAAUGUAUAAUCUUAUCGCCAGCUUCAAGAUGAAUGAUACGCGACUGUUUACUCCAAGCUCGGAAUUAAUUAUUAAUCAUUCAGUUGAAAUGAACGUUUUUGUAUCAGCUUUAGGUACCGUUGAAACGUUUCAAACACAUUUACAUAAUUUGCUUUACGAAUAUUGUUUAGAACCAGAAAGCAUACAAUUGGACACGAGUAUAUUAGUUGACGGAUGUGAAGUUUUCCUGUAUGAUAAGCAUCAGUUUGCUGUCAUCACAUCAUUACUUGCAGUGAUCCAUAAUUUAUCGAAUGGCAAGAAAGACAAAAACACUAGGAAAACUCUAACAAAGCAGCAGGAACAACCACAGAUUAUGUCUCAUGGGUUUUUAGCGUUUCUAGAAACCAUGCAGUGUCAUUUUUCGAUUUCUUCAACACAAAUAAGAAUUAUUGGAACUGAUGAUUAUGUCGAUAAAAUGGUGUCUCGCGGCUUGGACGUAUGCGUAGGGGCCAUAAUAGUCGACUUUCGAGGUGCGCGAAUUAGUAUUGAUCCUACAUUUCAAUGCAAGGAACGUUUGGACUUUAAAUUAGAUGUUGACGAUGAGACAAACCAGGAGGAAACUGGUGGGCGGGCAAAAGUGAUAAUUAAGAACGUUACAGUAGUUCCAAUUAUAUGGUAUGGAUCAAUAGUAUCGUUAAAUGACGCAACGCCAUUGAUUGAUAUUCCUGCAAUCGAAUCUUCGGUUGGAAUUGCUCUCGAAGUUGGAUCACCCAGUUGCAAAGUUGUUGUUCGUACAGAGCUUACGGUUAAAGAGUUAUCGAUAGUGUACUCUUUGUUAUAUCAUUAUAGCUGCUUGGUAGGAGUUGCGCCACUUUUGCAUCUAUUACGCGAUUUUCAGAUGCAGAGACAUUUAGAGAGCUCGCCAAAAACAGAGUCAUCGAAAGGGAAUUUGUUUACACAGUUAGAAACGGAAUUUACAAUAAAUCAUAUAAACUUUACGGCGACGCUUCCCGACAAUUGCAAGUUCUUUGCAAGAUUUAACGAUGUGAAAUACAAGUAUACUCCGGAACAGGACAAUGGCUGUAGAAUCAAACAGAUUAGAGCGUUCGGUCGGUGCCCGACAGAGCCUUAUUUGUGGGAUCAACUUGUAAAUGUAGAGAAUUUAUGCGCUGUAAUUACAGAGAUAUCAUCUGACAGUUUACAGCAGGUAAUUCGAAUGGAGGCUCGAACUAUCAACGUUCGAAUACCAUACAAGUACGUUUUUGCAGAUGCUUCAGAGAGUAUUGUUGGCGCAACAAAGUCGAUUAAGCAGCUACACGAGAGACUUUUGGCGGGCAAACAUGACUUUUCACUUGAAGCGGAAGAAGAAGGGCCGAAAGAACUGUUUACGUGUCAGCUUAAAGUCAGUAUAUUUACUUUUCAGAUUGAUGAUGAUCCUUUUGAGGGCCGCUUAUCACUAAACUGGAAGGUCGGCCGCGAUGAACAACGGGCUCGCCUAGAAAGGGAAGUAGCGUUUGAUGCCAAAGUAGCAGCAAUCAGGAAUCAUGAAAUGCGGAAACGAUUAAAAAAGGCAGAAGCCGCGACCGAUGAAAAUAGUAUAUUCGAUCGAACCUAUCCGUUAACAGACCCUUCGCGUGACACGGAUUCUGAUAACGUAACAGAACCAGAAAUUAUACAACCGAAGCGAUCCAGAGUGACCUUUCGUCCUGCUCCUUCACAUCAUGCAAAAAUCGGCAUUGAGCAAGCACGUAGAACGCUUAAUGAAUACAAUGCAAAAAACUGGAUCAAAAAGAUUAGAAACGCUUAUGUUACUCAAACUUCGACGUCUUCUGGUCAUUCGAAAUUAGCCGAUGAUACGCUUCCGAUACAGACAACGGAAAUAUCGUCGCACCCCGCAUUAUUAAAAGUCACUAUCGCCAAGUUAUUUUUAACCGUCUCGAAACCGUCGUUUUCUCUUGAUGAAUUGCCUCGGUACAUGCAUAUAGUAGGGAAAGGCUUACCUCUCAAUACCAAGUUUACUUUGCUAAUACCUAUGCAUUUAAAUUGCAAACUAAAAGAAGCAUGGGUUGAGAUAAGGGAUUAUCCACUACCUCUAACACACAUACCGAAAGUUAGUCGAGCCGACGAUUGCAAGUCAUAUUCGUUCAUUCUUGACGGAGAUUUUGUUAUUGCCGAGGAACUUCGAGGCCCCGAGGUUGUAAGAAAAACUUUUGUAGAGAUAAUUCCUGCACAAUUUAAUCAGAGUGGAGAAAAUUACGCGCUGAUUAUACCGAGAACAUGCUCGCCGGUUAAGCUUUACUCAAGCCUACAAGUUAAUGUGAAUUCGUGCCUUCCGUUCAUAAUCACUUGGACUCCAUCGAUACAACCCGCACUCCUUGAUGUGGCCAGAGUCUUUGAAAGCUUUACAAAACCAAACCCAGACCCGUCCGCUAUUAUUGGAUUUUGGGAUAAAAUAAGACUAAUGCUUCACAUUCAAAUUUCGAUUGAUUUUGAAGGAACCGGCAGUCUCCAAUUUUUGAGUAAAGGUACAUGGGAUCCUUAUAAUGUCACCGGACGUGGAUCUGGCUUCUCCUUGUGCUGGAGAAAGGGUGUAAAGAUAAGGUUGGGCCAUGAAAAUGAUGCGGGAGAAUUUUUGCAGAUAGAUAGUGAAGAGUUUGCGCUUGCCAUUCCUGACUUGAUGCGCAUUAUUACCAUGGGAGAUCUAUUGCCUAGCAGUUAUGCGUAUAAAAAUCGAAAGGAUAAGAGCAGCGGAUCGACAAACAGUGAUAACCUAUCAGAUGACAGGUCGGAUUUUUGCCAUAUGAACUAUCUAAAGAUUGUCGGGAAACUUGGUGGCGGUGUUCGAUACGGUAUGGGUGGACAUUUUCAUCGUAAGAAUUGUGACACUGCUAGCGGGCUUUGUCACAAAUGUUUUGGGAGUAAUCAAUGCUUGUCAAAGGAAUCAAUUCCCCACUAUCAUGUCAUUACGCGGAUGCCAGAAUAUGCUAUUUCACAUGACGGAAAUACUUAUGAUUCGUUCAAGGGCUUUCGAUCUGAUUAUGUUCAUUUGAGCUUUAGCGUAAUUUGUCCUUUGACUUCGGUCCAUCCUCACGAUGCCAAAUCAGAGUCAACUACUCGUUUGAGGAAUUCAAUACAUUUGAGCCCGGAAGCUCUUCAACAUGCUUUUGCAUGGUUGUCAUUGUUUGAUUCUGCGAUUUCGAUUCCUAUACGACAAGGUGCUCUAUUUCCAACCCAAGAAGCGCCAUCGCCCAAGCUCAUAAAUCACUUACAAACGAUAAAAUACAAAGUUUGUUUGUCUCCAUUGUCUCUAGGUAUUUUCUAUAAGCAUCAAACUUUCAAUGAACAAGCCGACGGACGAACUCAGUUUUUAGGGUUUAAAGGUAAAAUCGACCAAUUUACUAUUGAUUUACAUCAGCGAGUGCAAGAGAAAAUCAUUGAAGCCGAUGAGCAGCAAGUGGAAUCAAAAGAGAUGGUUUUGCAUGAGGCAGAGAUGGAUUUUAAAGAUUUAGAUUUGCGUUGUAUUGUCGUACGCUAUACUGAUGACGGUGUUGAUUCUUGUGAAUGUGAAGAGAAUGAAUCAGAGAAACAGGAAGAUGCGUUCGGAAAAGAUGAAGAUUUUGUUUGUUACAAAGAGGACGAUGAGUGGAUUGAUUUAGACGACUAUAUGGAGAUUGGAUGGAUAUUACCGGAAGUGUUACCGCGAGUACGAACAUUUCCAUUGCUAAAAUGUCCACAACUAAUGUAUUACAAGCAAAUUGUGAAAGAAGAUAAAGCAAAGUCAACGCAAAUUGAUCAGGACACGCACGUGUGUAUCAUGGGACGAGGCAGAGAAACGAAAGAAAUCCAAAUGCAUCUUUUAAAUCAACGCUUAAACCAGAUAGAAUUGGAAAUAGCAAAGCAACAGACAAAUUAUGAGCUCAUUGAGAACAAGCUUAUGUUGGAUCCGGGGAAUCUUGAUUUGAACGAUGAGCUAAAAGAAAAAACCGAGUUACUACGCGUCUUAUCAGAUAAAAAAAAGCUUAUUCUUGAAAACAGCAAAUUGCUUUCACGUGAUGAAGGAAUACCGAAAAGUUUUCCCAGAAACAAUAACUAUGGCGUUGAUGACGGUGAUGAAACGGAUGAAGACAAUCGCCGUGAAUUCGAUUUUCCUCUCUGGGCUGAUCCAGCUGGUCACUUUAGCCAUCGGUUCGUCGUUCAUAACGCACAAUUAGUUUGGAAUAAUAGUGUACGCAAUGUUACGUACAAAUUUUGGGAUCUUAUCGAACAAUACCGUGGUAUCACAUAUUAUAUGUCAAUGAGGGCGGUAAAGUUUAUUCGCGAUUUACAGAAAAACCAGAAGCAUGGAACUACUUCUCCUCUUCAAAUGCCAUCAACACCGGGAUGUGAUGACUCGGGAUUCGAUGCACAUCAGGCGGCUCAAUUGCUUAAGAAGCUAGUUGGAGAAGAAGAAACUAACUUUGUUGUUCCGAACGAGCAAAUUGUUGAAAGAGAUGAUCCGGGAAAAGAUUACCGUAGGCCAGCUCAAAAGCCUGAUGAUAUUCCUGACGGGUACUCACUUUGGAAGAAUUAUAUCAUACAAUUGAUAAAUCCACAGAUCAACUUUCAGAGCGAUAAGGAUCUCUGGGCCAGUAUUAUACUAUCAUGUGAAAGGGCCCAAUUGAAGUCGUUUCAAAUUCUCGAUGAUCGUUUGAAAGGGGAUUUUACAAAUGAGGUUGUUAAAACAAAGACAAUAUUUGGCUUGGACAAUGCUCAGUUUUUUACAGUGUUUAAGAAACACUUUCAGUCUGAUUUAUCGCGAAUGCUUGCAGCAAACAAUUAUGGCGGCGAAAACGAAGACAACUGGCCUGUAUGGCUUCCCGUUGAAGCCUUCCUCUGGUCUGAAAGAAGCUUGCAUCCGUUUCAGCAAAUUGUGAAGAGGACAUCAGCCACCAUGCAGUACGACAAGUUCAACCAUCUCCGAAUAAAAGAUAGUCAGCUUGAUGAUGCAUAUCGUGAAAAUCAGCCUACAUAUCUGAAAAAUGAUGAAAACGCAAAAAGAAUGGACUCGUGGCUUAUCAAUUUUCCCAAGUUUAAGUUUUCCGCAACUUCAGAUCAAUACGGCGUCUUCUACAAUGUUGUGUCUGAUCUGUUGAUGUACCGUGAGCCAGCUAAGAAAAAGCGAGCGGAUAAACUAGAUACUAUUUUAUAUACAGCUGAUUUGGAUGAUUUGACAGGAGCGGCCGAGAUGGUGGCCACGUUGCAGGAGGACAUAAGACAGCUGGAAGAGUUAAAACAUCAGUUAUUGCUGAACUCAAAUAUUUCCAGUGAAGACUCUUUUAAGAAAUUGUUAGAGGUCAACGCUGAGUUGUUGGAUUCACAAGAAGAACUUUACUUACUCAUGGAAGCGAUUACAGCGUCGCAGAAUCAAAAGGAAAAAUUUGAUGGUAAUACCGCGCUAAAGCUUAUCGCAGCGGCCGACGAAGUUGAAUGGAUAAUGCAACUAGAUGAUAGUGAGCCAUUCUGUGAGUGGGGACUGGCUAAUGCGCAUUUUGUAUGGAUGACUAAAGAAGAUCAUUCGAGUGCUAACACGUUGGAAGUUGAUAGUAUGCGUGUAAUUAAUAGAUUGAAGAACCCAAUAUUCACAGAAUUAAUACGUCCGUACGUCACGGAUCAAAAAAGAGUUACAAAUUUCAGUCGACACAAGAUGUUGCGUGUAUAUUGGAGAGAGACGGACCCGAUAGCUGGAAUAGCCGUUGUUGAACAUUUUGAAAUUAAUUUAUUUCCUUUAAAGUUUCAGAUGCAAUACGAUGUUGGUAAACAAUUAAUGCUGUAUAUAUUUCCCUCAAAACGCAAGGCAGAAGAUACGAGCUCUGCUAAUAAUACAAUGCAGUCAGUUCCAUCAGCAUUAGGUUCAAUGUCUACGAAAAACGGUUUGUCAGAUCAUGAUACAUUGACACAACGUCAAAACUCAACGCCAAUACAAUCGCGGCGUAAUUCAGAAGAAUCAACGGAAGCCGUUGGAAAGCCGCCAAAAUUUAUUAGGGAUGAUGUAGUAUCUGUUAACGAGGCGAUGGUCUCAAGCGAAUCAGAGACGCUUGUGGCAUCAGAAGAUGGGACAGCUUCUACGGCUAGUACUGCGCAUACAAGCAGCAAUAAGAGAUCUAAAAUUCAGAGUAACCCUGAUUAUAGUAGUACUGUAACUGACGAACUGGAGUUGAUGAGAACACGGGCUACAAAUAAUAAGACAUUUGUGUACAUAAAAAUACCAGAUGUGGUGUGCAAUAUCAGUUAUCAGGGGGCGAAAGAAACUAAUCUCACGGAUUUCUACGAUUGUGUUUUCAAAAUGCAAACGCUAGAAUAUCGUGGAAGGACAUGGUCAUGGCUUGACUUUUUUGAGCAGUUGAAGAAAGAUGUAAUUAGAUCCAUUCUUCGAAACACGGGAGAAUUAAUAAAUGCCAAGUUACGCAGGCCAAAACCAAACACCGAUUCUGAUUCAAAUGUAACUGGCAAUAUGAACGAGAGUACGUCCUCUGAUCUGAAUAACGCGACUGAAGAGUUGCUGUUAGGUCAAGACUCAAUGUCGGGAGCAGAGGAAGCAUCGGAUAAGGGAUCUGUUACAAGUAACGAGAGCUUGGAAAAAAAGCCAACUAGACAUCACCUAUUGAAGAAAAGCAAGAAUGAAAGCAGAGAAGUAAAUAGAAAACAUGCACGCAGAAUCAGUAACUCCACUAUGAUCUCACAAUUAUCUAGCAGUACCUCAUCUUCGGCGUCUCAUCAGCAUACACCUGAUGAUGCUGAAUUCGAGACUAAGAGAAAACUUUUAUUGGGAAAACUAUAUUCGGGCAUUCACCAUCAUAAAUAA